AUGAUUGCGCCUGGCAUACGUGUUGUUCGAGGGCCUGAUUGGAUUUGGCAAAAUCAAGACGGAGGUGAAGGUCACGUUGGAACUUUGUGUGAAGUUGGUCGAUCGGGUUCAACACAUUCGCCUGAGAAAACAGUCGUCGUUAAUUGGGACUCGGGUCAUCGCACAAACUAUCGAGUGGGAUAUCAAGGUCAAUACGAUCUAAUAGUAGUUGAUAAUGCACAGAUUGGCGUUCGUCAUCCAAAUAUAAUUUGUGACGGAUGCAAAAAAGCUGGAAUUGCAGGGAUUCUCUUCCGUUGUGCUGAAUGUGCCAAUUUUGACUUGUGUGCUCAUUGCUAUGGAAAUGAUGUUCACAAUUUAGAGCAUUCAUUUGUGCGAUAUCAGACAUCAAAUUCUGUUGGUGUUCGUGUUCCACCGCGCGCUGGUUCCGUUCGAAUACAACUUAAAGGCAUAUUUGUGAAUGCAAAAGUUGUCCGUGGACCCGAUUGGGAAUGGGGACAACAGGAUGGUGGUGAGGGUAAAACAGGACGUGUAAUGGAAAUUCGUGGAUGGGAUAACGAAUCUUGUCGUAGUGUAGCCAAUGUGUCCUGGGCAUCAGGAUCAACUAAUGUUUAUAGAUUAGGUCAUAAAGGCAACGUUGAUUUAAAGUACGUUGUACCAGCCGUAGGAGGAUAUUAUUAUAAAGAUCACAUGCCGAUCUUAGGGCAACGUGACGAACAACAGCCUGUCAUACAGGCGACGAGACCAACGUUUUAUGUUGGCGAUCGUGUUCGAGUAUGUUUAGAUAAAGAGAGUCUUAUGAGAUUACAGCAAGGUCAUGGAGGUUGGAACCCGAGAAUGGCAGAGUUUCUUAGUAAAAUUGGAACUGUUCAUAGAAUAACUGAGAAAGGUGAUAUUAGAGUACAAUACGAGGGCUGUUCCAAUCGAUGGACAUUUCAUCCAGCUGCACUUGUAAAAGUCUUCAGUUUUCAUGUGGGCGAUUUAGUUACAAUCAUAAGUGAUGCUUGUAAGGUGCAACAAUUUCAGAAAGGUCACGGCGAGUGGGUUGAAACAAUGAGAAAUGCACUUGGAAAAACAUGUAAAGUCGUUAAAAUUUAUGCUGACGGUGAUUUGAGGGUUACACAGCUUGAUGAUGGCGUCGCUUGGACAUUAAAUCCAAAAUGUGUUAAACUAGAACGUUCACCAAUAGCUACAGCUGCUGAGAGAUCAAAUAGUAUGAUGGAUUUAAGUCAUCAACGAACAGAUCAUGUUCUUAUGCCUUUGCAAGGUUUAUCUGGCACAUCGGCUGCUGAUAAGCUUGUACGUGAGGCUGCACAAGGAAAAUUGGAAUACGUACAGCAUUAUUUAGGUGCAAAUCCAGAUCAAGUUGAUGUUAUGAGCGGCGGUAAGACGUGCUUACAAGUUGCAGCCCAUCAAGGACACAAAGCGCUAGUUGAAUAUCUCUUAUCAGUCGCUGCAAAUGUAAAUAUUGUAGAUAAGGAAGGAGACUCAGUACUUCACUAUGCCGCCUUUGGCAAUCAACCAGAAAUAAUGAAAAUUCUUUUACAACAUGGAGCAAAUAUAAAUGUUCUUAAUGCCAGUCACUGUACAGCUCUACACAUUUCUGCACAUAAAAAGCCUCCGCACUGUGUGCGAGUUUUAUUGGAAUUUAAUGCUGAUGUGAAUCUUCAAGAUUCUUAUGGCGACUCAGCUUUACAUGACGCAAUAGGAAAGGAAAAUUCCGAAGUAGUUGAGCUUUUAUGUAACGUACCAUCGUUAGACUUGACAAUUCGCAAUAAGCGAGGCUUCAAUUGUCUUCAUCAUGCUUCAUUGAAAGGAAAUGUCUUUGCAGCACGUCGCAUCCUUCAACUUGCGCGACAGCUAGUCGAUGUAAAAAAGGAUGAUGGCUUUUCAGCACUUCAUUUAGCAGCAUUAAAUGGACAUAGUCAAGUUUGUGAAGUUUUAGUAAAAGAGGGACUUGCUGAUAUGGAUAUACGAAAUGAUAGACGUCAAACGCCUUUCUUACUGGCGGUAAGUCAAGGACAUUCAGCAGCAGUUGAGAAACUAGUUGAGUUAGGAUGUGAUAUAUUGGCAAAGGACGAAGAUGGCGAUAAUGCAAUGCAUUUAACCAUAAUUAAGAAAGCUAAUCUCAUACAAGAAGUGCCACAACAAGAAGCACCAAAGAUUUUCGAAAUUUAUCAACAAUUAAGUCAUAUUCAAGAAAAUCGUCUAAUGUAUACGCUAUUAUGUUAUCUUGCACAAGAAGGGUGUAAAAUGGAACCAAAUUAUAAAGGUGCAAGAAUUUUCGAUUGGAUACCUGAACCAGAACUUCGUGACCUGAUUUUAAGUUAUGAGAAGAAGCGUAUAGUACCGGCAAAUAGUAAUGCAAGCAGUAGUAAUGAUUGUAAUCAAUCGAGAGACAUGACGGAACUAUAUAACAACAUUGAAGUUAUGAAUUUAUCUCCACAAGAUCCAACAAUAACAGCAGCAGCAACAAUAAGUACUAUAGAGCAAGAUAAUAGUGGUGGAAGUUCAUCUUUGGCUAAUAAUUGUAAUUUAUCAUCAACAACAACGAGUACUACAAAUAAUUCAUCAAAUCCGCCAACACCAGCUAGACGAAAUCGUCAGACAGUAACAAAUAAUAAUAAUAAUAUAAAUAACAAUAAUAAUAUAUCGAGAGAUGUUCCAACGCCACCCCCAUCAGCCGCAACAACAUCAUCGACAGAAGAUGAAAAGAAAUUAAAUACCGAAAUCCGUAAUCUUCCUAGAAAUCACACAACGUCACCGCCUUUGCCACAUGCAGAGCCAACAACAUCUUCCAAUACAUCAAUAAUUAACAGUUUAGAUACAUUAUCGAAUUCGCCAAAUAGAAAUACGAGUCAAUCACCGCCACUUCCAAUGUCAUCCAAACAUAUAAGUCGUAAACAACAACAAAAGAGCUACCCAACACCGCAACCUUAUAAUGGAAAGCCACAACUUCAAGCACCACAAGAAUGUAUUGUCUGUAAUGAGAUUUGUCUCUUGGUUACAUUCGAUCCUUGCGGCCAUCAAAUUACUUGCGAAGAUUGUGGAAUGAGAAUGAAGAAAUGUCUAUCAUGCCAAAUAGUCAUUGACAAACGAUACGCCAUGAAUGGAAAACUACUUCUUCCAAAAGAGAAUCAAAGACAGCCUUCAGCCGAUCGCUUGAGAUAUUUAGAAAGUAAAAUAUUAGAAAUUGAGGAGACACACUCGUGUGGAAUAUGUAUGGAACGAAGACGGAAUGUAGCAUUUUUAUGUGGACAUAGUGCGUGCUCCAAAUGUGCUGAAACACUCAAAACAUGUCAUAUGUGUCGAAAAACAAUUGCCAAAAAAAUUAAUUUAUAUUAA